CCGCGGGGGACUAGACUCUCCGGCCUCUCUCCCCCAACAACCCCAAGGCCCCACGCAAACCUCCUCCCCCUCCCCUCCUCCGGCGAAUCUCCGACGAUGCUCCCCCCCGCCGGCGCAUGAGCUUCCUCCGCGCGCUCGCCGACUCCCUCUCGUCGCUCCUCUUCGCGCCGCACAUGGACGCGCCGGCGCCGUCGGCGGCGGCCGUGGUGGGGGAGCGCGUGGCCGUGAAGCUGCGGGGCUACUUCGAGCUGGCCAAGGAGGAGAUCGACAAGGCCGUGCGCGCCGAGGAGUGGGGCCUCCCCGACGACGCCGAGGCGCACUACCGCAACGCCCUCCGCGUCAUGCUCGAGGCCAAGGCCGCCCGCGUUCCCGACGCCGUCUCCUCCAGCGAGAGGGGGCAGGUGAGGGUGUACCAGGACAAGAUCGCCAAGUGGCAGACGCAGGUGGAGGAGCGGCUCAGGGUGCUCGGCGGGAGGAGCGGAGCAGCUGCACCAGUCCCCAAGAAGGUUGUUACAAACAAUCAAGUAAAUAGGCCUGAGAGACCAGCAUCAACUAGCUUCCGUAAGUCAGCUGUGCAGUCUAACCCCACCUUUAACAGAGGUGGUCAAGCGUCCUCUCAUCAGAAGAAUAGCGAUGGUGGAUCCAAGCCAGUGCAAAGAGCUGGUGGAAAGGAUGAUGACAAACUUGUUGAAAUGAUAAAUACGACAAUCGUGGAUAGAAGUCCAUCUGUCAGAUGGGAUGAUGUUGCUGGUCUGGACAAAGCAAAGCAAGCACUCAUGGAAAUGGUUAUCUUACCUACUAAGCGAAGGGAUUUAUUCACUGGUCUUCGGAGGCCUGCGAAAGGGCUGCUUCUCUUUGGUCCUCCGGGGAAUGGGAAAACAAUGCUUGCCAAAGCUGUUGCGUCAGAAUCUGAAGCAACAUUUUUUAAUGUUUCAGCUUCUUCGUUGACAUCAAAGUGGGUAGGGGAAGCUGAAAAGCUUGUUCGGACACUUUUCAUGGUUGCUGUCGAGAGGCAACCGUCUGUUAUUUUCAUGGAUGAGAUCGAUAGUGUGAUGUCAACAAGGUUAGCUAGCGAGAAUGAUGCAAGCAGGCGUUUG